AGCACACCACCUAAUAUUUAGAAGCCCUUGCUUGCGUCUGAAGAGCAGCUGUUGUCUUUAUCGUCAUCAUCAUCAUCAACUCCUGAGGAAUCAUAAUGAAAACCACUCAGUUCCUUUUGCUGUGCAUCCUUGGAGCUGCUUUGUUGUCUGCAGUUAACUGCAACAAUGCAAAUGGUCCCGACAACUGCUGUUUCAAGUUGUACCCGGGAAGAAUUCAAGCAAACCUCAUCAAGUCGUAUCGACUGACUGAUCACCGAUGCCCAAAGUCUGCCAUCAUCUUCAUUACCAAAAAGUCUCGUUCAGUGUGUGUGGAUGCGUCUGCCUCCUGGACCCAACGCAUCAUGAAAAGACUGGACCAGAGCUCUUUCUGAACCAGCUGCCUGCUCAUCCUUACACAUUGCUCUGCUUUGUCAGAUAAUAUCAUAUAAAACGCAUGCAAACUUGAGUUUUUAUAAUGACAGUUCUUUUACAUGUGGUCCAAAGUUUAUCUUUCAAGCGAUUAUAAGCCUGAAAUAAUCCACUGAACAGUCACGCCCUUUGAUUGUGUAAUGUCUCGUGGAUGCUUUGUGCUAUAUAUAUUAUGCUCCAAAAUAAACACCUCACAAAUA